GUAGAAAGUGUGUGUGAGCUGAUGUGGAUGUGAAUUCAGCAGCAUGGAUCAGUGUGAGGACAGAGAGGAGGGAGUCCCUCCCUCUAAAACCACUCUGUGUGGGGAACAUGAGAGCCAGACCAAAGCUCAGAGGAGCUUUGAAAGAUUAGACUGUCCUGUAUCUAGCUGUGUAUCCUUGAGCAGUGAAAAAUCAAAGGAGUUAUAUGGUGUUAAUUACAACACAGAGCAACAGUCUGCCCCAGAGAGAGUGGACCAGGAGAGUUUAGAAGUUCCCAGUGAUCAGUCUUCCCAGCAGCAAGAAAGAAAUCUGGACUCAAUAUUUAUGCUCCUUGAGGACAACAUUUUCAGCUUUGUGAAGAAUGAGAUCAAGAAAACCAAGAAGAUUCUCAGCCCAGAUUACUCAGAUGGCUUAGAGAGUCAGGGGGAAGAUGAGAUGGUUUUGGAAAGUGAGGAUGAAGAAGAGCAGAAGAGGAGCUUGAGAGAUGCAAUUGUGAAGAUCAUUCUGCACUUCCUGAGGAAAAUGAAGCAGGGAGAACUGGCAGACCGUCUGCAGAGCAAAUUUCCCAUCCUGUGCCCACAUAAACUUAAAUCUACACUGAAGAAGAAGCUCUACACUGUUUUUGAGGGAAUUCCUAAAGCAGGAAACCCAACCCCUCUGAAUCAGAUCUACACAGAGCUCCAUAUCACAGUGGGAGGGACUGCAGAUGUCAAUAAUGAACAUGAGGUCAGACAAAUAGCAACCAGGAAACCAGACAGACCAGAAAAAGUAAUCAGACAAGAAGACCUCUUUAAAAUCUCACCUGGAAGAAAUAAACCAAUCAGAACAGUGCUGACAGAGGGAGUGGCUGGCAUUGGGAAAACACUGUUGACACAGAAGUUCACUCUAGACUGGGCUGAAGACAAAGCCAACCAGGACAUCCAGUUCAUAUUUCCAUUCAGUUUCAGAGAGCUGAAUGUGCUGAAAGAGAAAAAGUUCAGCUUGGUGGAACUUAUUCAUCACUUCUUUACUGAAACCAAAGAAGCAGGAAUCUGCAGCUUUGAAGAUGUCCGGGUUGUGUUCAUCUUUGAUGGUCUGGAUGAGUGUCGACUUCCUCUGGACUUCCACAACACUGAGAUCAUAACUGACCCUACACUAUCCACCUCAGUGGAUAUGAUACUGACAAACCUCAUCAAGGGCAACCUGCUCCCAUCUGCUCACCUCUGGAUAACCACGCGACCUGCAGCAGCCAAUCAGAUCCCUCCUAGCUGUGUUGACAUGGUGACAGAGGUGAUAGGGUUCACUGAUCAACAGAAGGAGAAGUAUUUCAUGAACAGAUUUAGAGAUAUGAAGUUGGCUAGCAAAAUAAUCUCCCAUAUCAAGUCAUCACGAAGCCUCCACAUCAUGUGCCACAUUCCAGUCUUCUGCUGGAUCACUGCUACAGUUCUGGAGGAUGUACUGAAAACCAGAGAGAGAGGACAGCUGCCCAAGACCCUGACUGAGAUGUACAUCCACUUUCUGGUGGUUCAGGUCAAAGUAAAGAAGGUAAAGUAUGAUGGAGGAGCUGAGACAGAUCCACACUGGAGUCCAGAGAGCAGGAAGAUGAUUGAGUCUCUGGGCAAACUGGCUUUUGACCAACUGCAGAAAGGAAACCUGAUUUUCUAUGAAUCAGACCUGACAGAGAGCAACAUUGAUAUAAAAGCUGCCUCUGUGUACUCAGGAGUGUUCACAGAGAUCUUUAAAGAGGAGAGAGGACUGUACCAGGACAAAGUGUACUGCUUCGUUCAUCUAAGUGUUCAGGAGUUUCUGGCUGCUCUUCAUGUCCAUCUGACCUUUGUCAACUCCGGAGUCAAUCUGCUCAAAGAACAAGAAACAGCUUAUCAGGACUCUGAAACAAGAAAAUCUGCAGAGACUCAUUUGUACAAGAGUGCUGUGGAUAAGGCAUUGCAGACUUUAAAUGGACACCUAGACCUCUUUCUUCGUUUCCACUUGGGUUUUUCACUACAGACAAAUCAGAAUCUCCUACAAGGCCUACUUACACAGACAGGGAAUUGCUCACAGACCAAUCAGGAAACAGUCCAGUACAUCAAGAAGAAGCUCAGUGAGAAUUUGUCUGCAGAGAAAAGCAUCAACCUGUUCCACUGUUUAAAUGAACUGAAUGAUCAUUCUCUAGUGGAGGAGAUCCAACAGUCCCUGAGAUCAGGAAGUCUCUCCACUGACAAACUGUCUCCUGCUCAGUGGUCAGCUCUGGUCUUCAUCUUACUGUCAUCAGAAAAAGACCUGGAUGUGUUUGACCUGAAGAAAUACUCUGCUUCAGAGGAAGCUCUUUUGAAGCUGCUGCCAGUAGUUAAAACUUCCAGUAAAGCUCUAUUGAGCAGCUGUAACCUCUCAGAGAGAAGCUGUGAAGCUCUCUCCUCGGUUUGCAGUUUCCAGUCUUCUAAUCUGAGAGAGCUGGACCUGAGUAACAAUGAUUUGAAAGACUUGGGAGUGAAAAUAUUGUCUUCCGGACUGGGAAGUCUACAUUUGACACUGGAAACGCUCAGGCUGUCUGGCUGUCUGAUUACACAAGAAGGUUGUACUUCUCUGGCCUCAACUCUGAGCUCUAGCUGCUCCCAUCUGAAAGAGCUGGACCUUAGCUACAAUCAUCCAGGAGAGGCAGGAGUCAAGCUGCUGCAGAAUCUGGAACUGAAGACUCUCAGGGUGGAGCCUGCUGGAGUCCGAUGGUUGAGACCAGGUCUGAGGAAGUAUUCCUGUCAACUCACAAUUGACACAAACACAGUAAACAGAAACCUCAAACUGUCUGACAACAACAGGAAGGUGACACGUGUGGGGGAGAAUCAGCCAUAUCCUGAUCAUCCAGACAGAUUUGAUUACCAGUAUCCCCAGCUGUUAUGUAAAGAUGAGCUGACUGGUCGCUGUUACUGGGAGGUCGAAUGGAGAGAACUGGUUGAUAUAUCAGUGAGUUACAGAGGAAUCGUAAGGAAAGGAGACAGUAAUGACUGUUUGUUUGGAAGGAAUGAUCAAUCCUGGAGUCUGAGCUGCUCUCAUGAUUAUGGAUACAGUGUUUAUCACAAUAAGGAAAACACAUCCAUCUCCUCCUCUUCCUCUUCAUCCUUCAUCUCUAACAGAGUAGCAGUGUAUGUGGACUGUCCUGCUGGCACUCUGUCCUUCUACAGAGUCUCCUCUGACACUCUGAUCCACCUCCACACCUUCAACACCACAUUCACUGAACCUCUUUAUGCUGGUUUUGGGUUAUGGUUUGGUCAGUCUGGUGCUUCAGUGACUCUGUGCUGA